UCUUUCCUUCCGGGUUGAAUCUGCCCUCCUUUGCCCACUCCUGCACCGACCCCAGCCAGCCAAGCCUUGCCCCCUCCCAGGAGUCAAGCCUGCUUGGUCCAGGGCUUAGGGUCUGGAACCUGUGACCAGCCCCAUCAGCAAGGCAGAUCCCCUGCCAGGAGGGAGAAUCAUGCGUGUUUGUGCUGGGGGAGGGCAGGAGCACAGCAUCAUCCAACAGGUUGGUCAGGCUGGGAGGCGUCCCGCCCUCCUGCAGCUAAUGAGCACUAUACAACAGGUGUCUGCUCCUCAGUCCCCAGCCUGCCCCGGCUGCAACCAGAGCCUGCCACUCAUCAACUCUCCAAGGCUCACUCGCUGCUCAUCCCUGGGCCCACCUGUUCCCAGGCCGGGGGACCGUGAUGGCCUGCCACUCCUGCGUCGUUGGCUUCAGCAGCCUCAGCGGCUGUGAGGUGACCCCAGCGGGCAGCCCCCGGCCUGGAGUCUCGGGAUGGAGCAGUUGUGGGACCCCUGGGCCAGGCUUCAGCUCCCGCAGCCUGACAGGCUGCUGGUCAGCUGGCACCAUUCCCAAUGUGACCGUGAACCCCAGCCUACUGGUGCCUCUGGACCUCAAAGUGGACCCGGCCAUCCAACAGCAGAAGAACCAGGAGAAGGAGGAGAUGAAAGUCCUCAACGAUAAAUUUGCCUCCCUGAUUGGCAAGGUGCAAGCUCUGGAGCAGCGCAACCAGCUGCUAGAGACCCGGUGGAGCUUCCUGCAGGGCCAGGACACAGCCACCUUUGACCUCGGUCACCUCUAUGAGGAGUACCAGAGCCGGCUGCAAGAGGAGUUGCACAAAGUGAGCCGGGAGCGCGGCCAGCUGGAGGCCAACUUGCUGCAGGCGCUUGAGAAGGUUGAGGACUUUCGAAUCAGGUAUGAAGAUGAGAUCUCCAAGCGCACAGACAUGGAAUUCACCUUCGUCCAACUGAAGAAGGAUCUGGACACAGAGUGUCUUCGUCGGACUGAACUGGAAACCAAGCUAAAAAGCCUGCAGGGCUUCGUGGAAUUGAUGAAAACCAUCUAUGAGCAGGAGCUGAAGGACCUAGCAGCCCAAGUGAAGGAUGUUUCAGUGACCUUUGGCAUGGACAGCCACUGCCACAUUGACCUGAGUGGCAUCGUGGAGGAGGUGAAAGCCCAGUAUGACGCCAUAGCAGCUCGCAGCCUGGAAGAGGCCCAGGCAUACUCACGGAGCCAGCUGGAGGAGCAGACCACCCGCGCGGCCGAGUUUGGGAGCUGCCUCCAGAGCAGCCGCAGUGAGAUUGCGGACCUCAACGUGUGUAUCCAGAAGCUCCGGUCCCAGAUCCUCUCUGUCAAGAGCCACUGCCUGAAACUGGAGGAGAACAUCAAGGCAGCGGAGGAGCAGGGGGAGCUGGCCUUCCAGGAUGCCAAGGCCAAGCUGGCCCAGCUGGAGGCCGCCCUGCAGCAGGCCAAGCAGGACAUGGCACUGCAGCUGCGCAAGUACCAGGAGCUCAUGAACACCAAGCUGGCCCUGGACAUCGAGAUCGCCACCUACCGCAAGCUGGUGGAGGGCGAAGAAAGCCGGAUGGACCUGCCCUCAGCCACCGUGAUCAGCGCUGUGCAGUCCAGAUGCAGAACCACCCCUCCCUUCCCCCAUCCCUUAUGUCCCCUGUAGCUGCCUCCAGGUCAGGCCGCUCCAAGACCCACUCCCGGAAGAAGAAGUGUAAAGGUCCCGUGAUCAAAAUCACCGAAAUGUCAGAGAAGUACUUCUCACAGGAGUCGGAGGUCUCAGAGUAAAGCAGCUGGAUGCCAGGAACCCCAGGGCACUCCUGCUGCAGCAGGAGGACUUAAGCUAGACUGAAAAAAGCAGCUUGGAGCCUUUAGGUUGGGAGGGGAGGCAAACCCUGAUCCUGGACUGAGAGGAGGAGGAGUCAAAACCACGACUGCUAUCUGGGGGAAUGCCCGCUGGGAGAGGAGCCCUGCUAGCCAUGAGCCCCUCCACUCUGCCUCAGCAUCUCCCAGCCUUAUCCUCCCAACCUUCUGGCCCAAAGUGUUCCUGACUGAGUAAACCAGAAUUGGGGGUGGGUUUUGUCUCCAACUCCUUGUUCCUCUGAGACUCUUCUUCCAACAUGGGCUCUGACUAAGGCCCCUUUGAGUUUUUGCCUUACACUUGCCCUGUUCUCCUAUCUCAAGCCUUGCCUUGCCUCUGCCUUGGAACUGAGGCUGGUGCCUCUCUCACCCAGCCCAGUGUGGGCCUGAUCCCAUAUCUGGAGUUCCUGGGAAAGGUGGAUGCUGAAGAUCCACCCCCAGUUUUCCUGCACCCCUCAGGCUCCACAGAGACCUCACAGUGUUAUGGAGUGUGAGGAGUGCGGAAAGGAAAGCCCCGUGUUUAGGACCUGAGCCUGGACCUCUAAGGUCAGCCAAACACCUGCCUUUCCUCUCCCCUUGUGGGUCCCUCCUAGUGCUGUUCAGGCCAGCUCCCAGCCCCUCUCCAGAAGCUCUUCUUGCCACAAUUACCCUCUGGGAGUGGAAGCCAGAUGCAGCCUGAGACCAAGCAAGAGAAUUAGACAAUCCUUUCCCCUCUCUGCCAUUGGGAUAACCCCCCAGCUGGGAUCUGGCCUCUCUGCCCCCAGCCCAGGUCCUCCCAGCCUGAAACCUGGCUUUGGUGCACCCAGCCCUGGAGACCCCUGCCCACAAAUCUCACUUCUCAGGGCCGGACAGUAUGGCCCUCUCUGCCUCUGCAUUCCCGGAGAAGCCCAGAAACUCCCCCCACCUAAGAAGUUAUAGCCCCUCUCUUCUUCUCCUGCCUGCUCCUCCCUCUAAGCCCACUCUCCCUGCCUCCCAUAGGCCAUGAAGAAGGCACAGUGCAGGCCUGGGAGCUCCUGAGCUUUUGAGGUCAGGCCCCCAUGAUAGCCUUAAAAGAGCUCAACCAAAAAGAAAAAUUUGGCACCCCACAGGAAGAUCUGGGGUUGAUAGGAAUGCUGUUUCCUCCUCCUGGAUUUCCCCUUUGGAUCUUACAGGGGUAGACUUCCACCCCAUAAGCGACCUUCUCCCCUGCCCUCCCCACUCCGCCACAGCCUGGCCUCAUCUCUCUUAGUCUGCCUUUGACUAAUUCAUCUCCAGGACUGGGCUCACUGCCUUAGCCUCUCCUGGGUCUCAGGACCUCCAGGCCUGAAGGGGCGCUGGCGGGUUGCUGGCAGGCCAGAGGGAACUCAUGCACUCAUCCCUGAAGUCUCCAAAGAUGGUGCUGAUGGCUGCUUUUUCUCAGGCUCUUUUAUUGGUUUCCAAGGGAGCAAAUCCUCAGUGGAAAUACCACAUAUAUAAAGUAUAUAUUAUUUUUUCAUAACUUAUGUGGCUUUUAACUUAUUGCUUCCCUUCCUAUUUCUGCAUCAUCAGCGCUGUAUGUACUAUCUGGGUAGGUGACACGUAUUCCAGCCACACCACCCAAUUGGCUGGCUAACUUAAGGCAAUGUCCCCUCCUCCCUGUCAAGGGAUGAAUAAAGUGUUGAGAUUUGUC